AUGCUGUCGUUGCAGACCGAUCAUCGGCAAUUCAAUUUGCAGCAGCAGCAGCAGCCACCACAGCAGCUGCAGUUGUUGCAACAGGUUUCUAGGAUUCCCUACAAUGGAGAUCAGCGUGAAGAUUCGUUGGCUUCGUCGAAUCUGAAGCUCUCUCAGCCCUUGGAAUCAUGUGACGUUGAUGAUGAUGUGCUCUUGACCCUAGCUCACCAGAAUUACAAAGCUGGGAGCUAUAAGCAGGCAUUGGAACAGAGUAAGGCUGUCUAUGAGAGAAACCCACUGCGCACUGAUAAUCUUCUUCUAUAUGGUGCAAUAUAUUAUCAGUUGCAUGAUUUUGAUAUGUGCAUUGCAAAGAACGAAGAAGCUCUUCGAAUCAAUCCACAUUUUGCUGAAUGCUAUGGGAACAUGGCAAAUGCUUGGAAGGAAAAAGGCAAUAUUGAUGUUGCCAUUCGCUAUUAUCUGAUUGCUAUUGAGGUUGGCACUUACUUCUGUCUUUAUACAUGUCAGCUUCGUCCCAAUUUUGCCGAUGCAUGGUCAAACUUAGGUAGUGCAUACAUGCGUAAAGGAAUGCUUAAUGAGGCAGCCCAAUGUUGUCGCCAGGCUCUUGCAUUAAAUCCUCGGCUGGUUGAUGCUCAUAGUAACCUUGGGAAUCUGAUGAAAGCUCAAGGCUUAGUGCAAGAGGCAUACAAUUGCUAUGUUGAGGCUCUUCGUAUACAACCAACUUUUGCCAUUGCUUGGUCCAAUCUUGCUGGCCUUUUCAUGGAGGCAGGUGAUCUUAAUAGGGCUAUGCAAUAUUACAAGGAAGCAGUUAAGCUCAAACCAACAUUUUCAGAUGCCUAUUUGAACCUGGGUAAAGUUUACAAGGCUUUGGGAAUGCCUCAAGAGGCUAUUAUGUGUUAUCAGCACACUCUCCAGGCCCGUCCAGACUUUGCCAUGGCUUUUGGCAAUUUGGCAAGUAUAUACUAUGAGCAAGGCAACCUGGAUAUCGCAAUAUUGCAUUACAAGCGAGCCAUUGCUUGUGACGCUGGAUUCUUGGAUGCAUAUAUUAGUUUGGGUAAUGCACUGAAAGAUGCUGGCAGAGUUGAGGAAGGGAUCCAUUGCUACCGUCAAUGCCUUUCUUUGCAACCUAGCCACCCUCAAGCACUUGCUAGUCUAGGACACAUAUACAUGGAAUGGAACAUGAUGAGUGCUGCUGCACAAUGUUACCAGGCGACUCUAUCUGUAACAACAGGGCUGUCUGCUCCUUUUAACAGUUUGGCAAUAAUCUACAAACAGCAGGGUAAUUAUGCCGAUGCUAUAUCUUGCUACAAUGAAGUCCUCCGAAUUGAUCCUUUGGCAGCUGAUGUGCUUGUCAAUCGGGGAAACACUUACAAGGAGAUUGGAAGAGUUAAUGAAGCGAUGCAAGACUAUUCACGAGCUAUUGCCAUCCGGCCAGCCAUGCCUGAAGCCCAUGCAAAUCUGGCUUCAGCUUAUAAGGACAGUGGUCAUGUGGAGGCAGCUAUAAAAAGUUAUAAGCAAGCAUUGAAUCUACGCCCUGAUUUUCCUGAAGCAACUUGUAAUCUUUUACAUACAUUACAGUGUGUGUGCCAUUGGGAUAAUCGAGAGAAAAUGUUUGUUGAAGUUGAAGUGCUCCUACGAAGACAGAUUAAGAAUUCAGUUAUUCCAAGUGUGCAGCCUUUCCAUGCAAUUGCCUAUCCCCUUGAUCCAAUGCUUGCACUUGAGAUUAGUCGAAAAUAUGCUGCACACUGUUCUGUCAUCGCUGAGCGGUAUUCGCUCCCUCCUUUCAGCCAUCCUUCACCCUUACCCAUAAAGGGCGGGGGUAGAAAUGACCGAUUGAGAGUUGGAUAUGUGAGCAGUGAUUUCGGUAACCAUCCCUUAUCCCAUCUUAUGGGUUCAGUAUUUGGGAUGCACAACAGAGAAACUGUUGAGGUAUUCUGUUACGCUUUGAGUCCCAACGAUGGCACUGAGUGGAGGCUGCGCACACAAUCAGAAGCAGAGCAUUUUGUGGACGUGUCAUCCUUAUCAUCUGAUAUGAUUGCAAGGCUGAUCAAUGAGGAUCAAAUACAAAUUCUUGUCAAUCUCAAUGGCUAUACUAAGGGGGCUAGAAAUGAAAUAUUUGCAAUGCAGCCUGCUCCCAUCCAGGUCUCAUACAUGGGAUUUCCAGGAACUACAGGGGCAGCCUACAUACAAUAUUUGGUCACUGAUGAGUUUGUUUCACCAACGCGUUUUGCACAUAUCUACUCUGAGAAGCUUGUCCAUCUUCCUCAUUGCUACUUUGUAAAUGAUUAUAAGCAGAAAAAUAGAGAUGUACUGGAUCCCAACUGCCAACCGAGGCGAUCAGAUUAUGGAUUGCCAGAGAAUAAAUUUAUAUUUGCUUGCUUCAAUCAGUUGUACAAGAUGGAUCCUGAAAUUUUUAGUACUUGGUGCAACAUCCUGAAGCGUGUCCCCAACAGUGUACUUUGGCUUCUUAGAUUUCCUGCUGCGGGUGAAACAAGGGUUCGCGCAUAUGCUGUUGCACAUGGUGUGCAACCAGACCAAAUUAUUUUCACAGACGUUGCGAUGAAGAAUGAACAUAUCAGACGCAGUUCUUUAGCAGAUCUAUUCCUUGACACGCCACUAUGCAAUGCGCACACCACGGGCACAGAUGUCCUGUGGGCUGGUCUGCCUAUGGUGACCCUUCCCCUUGAGAAAAUGGCGACCAGAGUUGCUGGUUCUCUAUGUCUUGCCACUGGAGUUGGGGAGGAUAUGAUCGUGGGCAGUAUGAAAGAAUAUGAAGAGAAGGCAGUGUCACUGGCACUAAAUCGCUCAAAGCUCCAGGACCUUGCUGACAAGCUCAAGGCGGUCCGUAUGAGCUGUCCUCUAUUUGAUACGGCCCGCUGGGUGACGAAUCUCGAGCGGGCGUAUUGUAAGAUGUGGAAUCUAUACUGCUCUGGACAGCAUCCUCAGCCCUUUAAAGUGACUGAGAAUGAUUCUGAAUUUCCAUUUGACCAUUAGAACUAGGGAGAGAGACGGGAUUGUAGAUAAAGCAAAAGAGAAUGUAGAGUUAUUAUUUCCUAGACUAGGUUGGUUGCUCUGGAUGACGCGACAGUGGUGUUGUGUGCUAAAUAUGUCAGUUUGCACCGUAUUGAUACCCUUGGGAUUCACCACCAUGAGGCAUACAGCUUCCAUUUCAACUGAUUCAACUCUAUUAAGUUAAAGAUGAUGAAGGUGGCCUUGAUGAUUGCAUUUGAUAUAUUUCUUUCAUCAUCUUGAGAUGCAUGCUCAGUCGUUGUUUCUCUUCCAUCAGUGGCCACAUCUCAGGCAUUCAAAAGAUGCUACACCACUCGGAAAGGUACGGUUGGGAUUUAGAGGUGCAAACUGGAUGUUGUAGGGGGUGGGAGGUCCAUUUUCUCUACGUCAUUUGGGUCGGUCCACCUUUUUUUUUUUGGG